AUGGACAGUCCAGCAAGGAGAUUUGCUCGCGUCGAAGAACUGUUCGAGCACUUAGCCUGCUUUACAGACGACCACACUAUGUUCUGGGCGCUAUGCCUUACCAGCCGCGCGUGUUAUCGAAUAUUCAGGAAACAUCUUUGGGCGGACAUUGUCUGGGACCAUCGCAGCGAUGGCUUUUUCCAGAACACCAACAGUCUUGAGGACUUCAUCAAGACGCACGCGAUAGACCUGGCUCAGGCGCGGUCACUGCGAGGCAUCAGAAGGGUCGACGCCGGCAUCCCACCUGGCAAGGACGACUCGUCAUACUUGGCUGGUAUGGAGAGGCUGCAACAGCACAUGCCCAAUCUGAAAAGCUACGAGUAA